UGUCAGUCAGUCAGUCCACUAAAUUUAGGGGUGACAAGAUGAAGGUGUCCCGUUGGCGUUAAACGUUUAAACUAAACUUCACUCUUAUAGCGUGUUUAAGAAUAAUGACCCAAAUUUUUAUCACUGUGCACCUGGAAAAUGAUUGUAUAGUAUUAGUUAGACUAUUUAUUACCCUUUUUUAGAUCGUAGUGAACACCGUAUUGCGUUGCCAUGAGGUCCAUUGCCAUCGUUGGUGCCGGCGUUAUAGGUCUAUCGACUGCACAAGUUAUUUUGGAAGAUUUUCCAGACAUACAUGUUACAAUUUAUUCGAGUGAAUUUAGUCCCAACACUACUGGAGACAUAUCUGCGGGUUUUGUAAAACCAUUUUUCCUUGGGGCAAAUGUUGAAGAAAAAGAUGUUAUUCGUUGGACAAAAACAACCAUGGAUCAUUUAUUUACUAUUGCAAAAGAAGACAGUGAGCUCUCAACGGGGGUUUCUCUUUUGUCCGGAUAUUCUUUCUUCAAAGAUAGUCCUCCAUUUAUAUCAAACAUUAUAAAAGAAUGCUUCAUCCAACCUCGGCUGGUGUCACAAGAGGAAAUAAAGAAUUUGGUGCAUGGAAAAUAUUUGGGUGCGCUGUUCGCUUCCACGUUGACAUGUGCCUGUGAUGUAUAUCUUCCCUAUAUAAUGAAGAAAUUAAAAUCAAAAGGCGUCAAAUUUGUGCAAGAAAAAAUAUUCUCAUUGAAUACAUUAGCCGAACGAGGUCAUGACAUUGUUGUCAACUGCUGUGGAUUUGGGGCUCAAGAAUUGACUGGAGACCAAUCACUACAACCAGUACGAGGCCAGGUAAUUGAGGUGUAUGCGCCAUGGAUCAAGCAUUUUUUUAAUGAAGAAGAUGGCGAUGUUUAUGUAUUGCCAAGAAUUGAUAACGUUAUUGUUGGAGGAACCCACACAAAAGAAACUUCAUUAGAAGUUGAUAAGCCAACGAGCAAGAUGAUAUUUGAACGAGCAUGUAAAAUGAUUCCAAGUCUCAAGCAUGGCAAAAUUGUAGCAGAACGCGUGGGGCUUCGUCCAUCAAGGCCAACAAUAAGAAUGGAAGCGGAGACGGCCAUUACGAAAUCUGGAAAGGAGUAUAUUGUGCUUCAUCACUAUGGCCACGGAGGUUCGGGCGUGACAAUGCACUGGGGAUGUGCAAAGCAGGCUUCUGAUGUUCUCCAGAAGUUUUUGUAUAAAAAAUCAUCUAAACUUUAACUCAAAUGAUAUAAUUUUUAUUUGAUUUUGGCGCGCGCGUUUGCAAUAAUGUAUGAAUGACUUUUUAUCUUCUUGCAAUUAUUUUUUAAUCAUCCAGGUGCAAUAUGCAAUAUCGUUUUAAUAUAAGAACAUAUAAUAAAAUGUAUAAUAUUUUUCUUGAAAUAUAUAACUAUAAUUUUAGUUAGACAUCAAAUAUAUUUCACCAAGUGAAAUUUUUUAAAAAUUUGGUACUAUACCAAAUUAAAACUUUAUCUUUAUUUAGUAUUUUUAAAAAUGUUUCGAAACUAAAAAUCACUACUUGUGACAGAAUGAAUUCGUUGUAUACGUUGACAAUGUUCAUUCGGUUGUGCUGAAAUCACUCAAUCAUUAUCACUGAUCCCAAUUGCAGUAAUCCAGCGAAUUGGCCAUUUACAACUCACUUUUCCAUCCAUAUUGACCAUAAAGUAUUCUUGAACCUAAUAAACUGUUCCUUUUCCGACUUUGAAUAAUGACUGGACAACGAAUUGCGAUUUGCCGUAUGAUUAAGUCUACUUUUUUUCUUUGGGGAUCUCUAGUAUUGGUAAUAAUUAUCAUUAUAUUGGACUUAUUUUCAUAUUUCCGAUAAAUCUACUCAACGCUUUGAUCAACAUAUCAUUUUUUAUUUGCUUGUUUUGUGCGACGUAAUGCUGUUGUUGAUUACUACCAUGAUUUUCAAUUUCUGUAAGUGCCUUGUCAUGUAAAAGUUAAUUGAGAGAUUUGAUGACGUCACCGCAUAGAAAGUAUUCCUGAAGUUCAAUGUUUAUUUUAUUCAAGGUACGGGCGACUAUCUGUCUUAAAUCAUACUUGUUUCUUUAUAUAUGCAUAUAUAAUCAGUGCUGUUUUUCUGCCAUCGGAUUUUGUUUCCAACAUGGAUGCUAUAAUUACUUUCGUGAUUCCGGAACCACGGCAAGGUUUCCGAAAAUAUG